AUGCGUCCCCUCGUACUCUUCGAUACGCCCACUGUCUAUGUUGCGCCACAGUCGGCGGCCGACUUCAACGAGGUCCAGGCGAUCGUCGACCACCACCACCAGAACGUGGAGGUAAAGCAAACGAAGGUCCGAUUCCAGGAGCCGACCACUCAGCCAAACCCUGCCGAGCAACCACCCGACAAGCCAACAUCGGAGGAGAAAGAUAAGUCCGACGACGACGGUAAGGACACGCCCAAGGGAUCGCCCAAGCCGAGCAAGGAGGCUCCCACCGAGAAGGAGGCUCUUGCCGAGAAGGAAGCUGCUGGCGACAACCAGGAGAACGUGGAGGACAGCAAGGAAGAGGAGGCGGACUCCGAAGAGAGCCCAGGGCCCCGCACACCAGGAGAGGACAACGUCAGGCGAAUGCACACGGCAGUCAAACUCAACGAGGUUAUCGUCAACAAGAGCCACGAGGCUCAACUGGUCAUUCUCAAUCUGCCCGGACCGCCCAAGGACACAAACAUCGAGCGCGAAUCAAACUACAUGGAGUUCUUGGAGGUGCUCACAGAAGGUCUCGAGCGAGUGCUGAUUGUGCGGGGCGGCGGCCGGGAGGUCAUCACCAUGUACUCGUGAAGAGGCUCGGCCGAGCUCAAAGCCAUCGUCGUUACACCAUCUUCAUCAUCGGCUCUCGUACACAAUACAUGCCACAUCAUUUACAUCACUGCAGCAGCUCCAACGACAACAACACUAGUAACAACUAUUGCUAUCGUCAUCAUCAUCGUUAUUACUUGUACCGCUAAUACUUUGCGUCGUUACUCGUUGCUCAGAGCGCCGUGUUAUAUUGAAAUAAUAUCGUGUACGUGUUGCGCGCGCUCGUUUAAGACACCUGAGUAACAUGUGAGGCCAAGGAUCGGGAUUGCGUGCGUUGUAAUUAUAAGGAUGUGUCGAUGGAGGGUCAGCGACGGAAAAAAAAAAAAAAUAGAAAGAAAGAAGAAAAAAAAAAAAGCUAAUUAUAUCAAGACAUGAAAGAUUGUAGUGAUCGAAUUAUCAUGGCAUUUACGACAAAAGCAGUUACUCCAUCGCGAUCAGUUGUUGUUAUAGAGCGAGUUAUAUCAUCGUAUAUGUUCCUAUAAAAUCGAUGCGAGAUGUUUAAUUGGCAUAAAGUGACGAUCUACGAAUCCAAAUUUAUCGUGAUACUCAAAUCACAAAAAAAGUACUGAGUAGUUUGUAAGCUUAAUUUUAAUUUGUACAGAUUGUCAUUAUUUUUUUAU